ACCGUGAAAAUGGGGGUGCGCAGGAUAAGGGAUGUGGUAAAAGGAUGAUCUCUCCUCUCCUGAAGGUCUUCCCAAAUAUCCUUCCGUCAUCAUCACGAUUAUUCUUUAGCACAAUAUAUAUGGUGGACUUUCUCUCUUUUUCCCAUCCUGAAAGUGAUCGCAUAUCUCUCUCUCUCUCUCUAAAAUGGAGGGCUUGCCCUCCGGUUAUCGUCCUAACGUCGGAGUCUGCCUCAUCAACUCCGACAAUCAGGUUUUUGUGGCUUCAAGGUUGAAUGUUCCUGGAGCAUGGCAGAUGCCUCAGGGGGGGAUUGAAGAAGGUGAGGAGCCAACUGCAGCAGCAAUUAGGGAGUUGCGAGAAGAAACUGGGAUAGUGUCUGUUGAAAUAAUUGCCGAGGUUCCAAGAUGGUUGACGAAUGAUUUCCCACCUGCCGUGAAGGCCAAAGUGAAUCGUCUCUGGGGAGGCGAAUGGCAUGGGCAGGCGCAGAAGUGGUUUCUGAUGAGAUUGACGAAAGAUGAAAGUGAGGUCAACUUAGCAAGUAGUGAAGCAGACACAGAGUUUUCAGAGUGGAAAUGGGCAAGCCCAGAUGAAGUCAUUGAGCAGGCUGUGGACUACAAGAGGCCAACAUAUGAGGAAGUCAUGGCAACAUUCAGGCCGUACCUCUCCGAAAGGGGAAUAGCUGCUAAAUGUCUAUCAACAAAAUGGUGAACUUAGCUUAUGUGUCUCUUAACUUCUCCAUGUCUUUAGCUCAAUAUUGUAUUUGUAAUGUAGAAUUUUGUUAAGAUUUGUAAUGUAGGAUUUUGGUUUGCUCUUUGUAAAGAGAUAUGGAUGAUGAAUCAUAAAAUAGGUGUUGGCUUGAAGGGUAAUAAGAUUUGUUCAAAGUCUAAGAUA